AGAAAAGGCGGAGUUAGUUCUGCCGACCGUUCUUCUAUCUUGCUCGGGAGGGAAUGCAGGAGGCGGUUGCUGGCGCAUUUUUGUUUCCCUGGGAGCGAGCUUUGUCCCUGAGAACAUCUGGCUUGUUGCUACAAAGACUAUUGACGUUGGUGCUUCAGUAGCGGCCGCUUCUUAAGGUAGAGAUAGUUGCUUUCUACAGAAGUUGCAGGCAUCAUUCCCUAGAAUUGCAAUAGACUCGGCGCCGGUUAGUAAGAGACAUGCCUCGGGGUCGAAAGAGUCGGCGCCGCCGUAACGCAAGGGCUGCAGAAGAGAACCGCAAUAAUCGUAAGAUCCAGGCCUCAGAAGCUUCUGAGACCCCGAAGACCUCUUCUCUGGCCCCAAGCACCCCGGAGGACGACCUGAGUGGCUCUGAGGAAGACCCAAAAUCUCCGGAGGAGGCCUCCACCAGCCCUGAGCAAGCCUCCAGCACUGCUAAAAUACAAAAGCCUUCCUUAGCCCGGAGCAAUUUUCAAGGAACCAAGAAAAGUCUCCUGAUGUCCAUAUUAGCUCUCAUCUUCAUCAUGGGCAACAGCGCCAAGGAGGCCCUGGUCUGGAAAGUGCUUGGGAAAUUGGGGAUGCAGCCUGGCCGGCCACACAGCAUCUUUGGAGAUCCAAAGAAGGUCGUCACAGAGGAGUUUGUGCGCAGAGGGUACCUGAUUUAUAAACCGGUGCCACGCAGCAGUCCCGUGGAGUAUGAGUUCUUCUGGGGACCUAGAGCACAUGUUGAAUCGAGCAAGCUGAAAGUCAUGCAUUUUGUGGCAAGGGUGCGUAACCGAUGCUCCAAGGACUGGCCAUGUAAUUAUGAUUGGGAUUCGGAUGAUGAUGCAGAAGUUGAGGCUAUCCUUAAUUCAGGUGCUAGGGGUUACACCGCACCUUAGGGAAAUCUGGGGCAGGCCUUUGAGGGAGGUUGGAAACAGCAUCAAAUAUACCCAAAGGAGUAGAUAAGCUAGGUGCUGAGUUGAAUAUGAUGGGAAAGGGGGGACAUUUGGUAUUUGUGGUCAGUGCUAAUUGUUUAACUGCAAAAUAUUGUAGAAUUUUAUACGUUUUAAUAUAGUGCUGAUUAAGGUCACAAUAUGAUUAAAAUAUGAUUGUAGAAAGGAUAUUUUUUCUUUUUGUCUGUCGUUGAGAUUUAGUGUAACAUUUUGCUACCAUUAUAAAAUGAGUCCACCGUAUUUUGUGAUCCGGUACAUAUUUUAUAUGAUUGAAAUAGGCUAUUCUGGAAAGUUUGAAUAACUGUUAAUGUGAGAGGAUGGGGAAAUUCUUUAAUGUCUGACUUAUCUUAAACAUUUGUGUCUGCUAUUGUGUAAAGAAAACUGACAACUACCAUAAAUUUGCUUAGCUACUGCACAAUAUAGAAAAAAUAAAACUACAAUGACGAGGA